CAUGACACCAAUAGUAUUAAUUUGUUUAGCCCUUUUCGGACUUGUGGCAUCUGAGGCCGGCGAAAAAGGAUACAGUCCCAAACAUAACCUCAAAACAUACGGAAAUCCGUUUGGACCAGGUAAUAUUGGUAGUUAUGGAUAUCAAGGAAAUGGUGGCUUUGGAUAUCCGUCUUAUGGUAGAUCAGGGUAUGGAUACGGGGGAUAUUUCAACAACGUUUAUGGUUACGGUUCACCAUUAAACAUUGGCGGUUAUGCUAGAAACAAUGGGUUUGUUGCACAGAGUGGACUUUCUGGAUACGGGUAUUUCAAUGGAAGAGGAUUGAACGGAUUAAGUGGUUAUGGAAAUUAUGGUGUUUACGGUAAAGGAAUCGGGCCUUUCAUUGGUUAUGGAUUUGGUAGAGGACUUGGAGGAUAUAAUAAUAUAAACGCUUAUGGGGCAUACGGUGUUAAUAAUUAUGGAUCAUAUGGUAUUGGUGGUAUAAAUGGUUAUGGAUCAUAUGGUAUUGGUGGUAUAAAUGGUUAUGGAUCAUAUGGUAUUGGUGGUUUGAAUGGUUAUGGAUCAUAUGGUAUUGGUGGUUUGAAUGGUUAUGGAUCAUAUGGUAUUGGUGGUAUAAAUGGUAAUGGCAUGGGUGCCAUUGGUGGAAUCAUAAGUGGAAGAAACCACCACAGUGGUUUUGGCAGUUUCGGAAAAUUUGGCGAAAUCUACUUCAUGUCAAUGAAGGAACAAGAAGGAAAUAAGAGAAGAAAAGUUGGGGCAUACGGUGUUAAUAAUUAUGGAUCAUAUGGUAUUGGUGGUAUAAAUGGUUAUGGAUCAUAUGGUAUUGGUGGUAUAAAUGGUUAUGGAUCAUAUGGUAUUGGUGGUUUGAAUGGUUAUGGAUCAUAUGGUAUUGGUGGUUUGAAUGGUUAUGGAUCAUAUGGUAUUGGUGGUAUAAAUGGUAAUGGUAUGGGUGCCAUUGGUGGAAUCAUAAGUGGAAGAAACCACCACAGUGGUUUUGGCAGUUUCGGAAAAUUUGGAGGUAAAAAAGGAACAUAUUAGAAUCAAUGAAGAAUUGAUGGCGAUUUUAUACAAAUGUGUAAUUUUAUUUAUAAUGGUUUAUGAAUAUUAAAAGGAAUACAAACUA